AUGUUCACUGAUGUAUCACUGAUAGAUUUAUGUUUUUACAGUGAAAAAUUACCUGAAUUAAGGUCAUAUUUCACCUACUUAAAUGAUACACGAAAAUAUGUAAUAAUUGAAUGUCCCAUCAAUUUCACAGUUAAACAUUCCUUGAAGUUCUUCUCCACGGAAAGCCCUGGAGCCCAGAGCAUCCCAGAGUUUGUGGUUGUUGCAUUUGUUGAUGAAGUUCAGAUAGGUGACUGCAAUAACAAAAGAGGGGUGGAGGUUACAAAAGACUGGGUUAAAUUCUUUGAGGAUCAUCCUCAGCAGGUGGAAUGGUAUAAUUCAGAAUGUCUGGAUACUCAACACUUCUUCAAGGCUAACAUUGACAGCUUGAGACAACGUUUCAACCAAAGUGAAGGUGUUUAUAUAAUGCAGAGGAUGAAUGGCUGUGAAUGGGAUGAUGAGACUGGACAGAUUAAUGGGUUCAAUCAGUACGGUUAUGAUGGAGAAGACUUUUUAGCAUUGGACCUGCAGACACUGACAUGGAUCGCUCCAAAACCACAGGCUGUCAUCACCAAACUGAGAUGGGAUACUGAAAAAGCUCGAUUAGAAAUCAAUCAAAACUUUUUAAGUCACGAAUGCCCCGAGUUUUUAAAGAAAUAUGUGCACUAUGGAAGUAGCUUUUUGCAGUCAGCAGUUCUUCCUUCAGUGUCUCUCCUCCAGAAGACUACCUCCUCUCCAGUCAGCUGCCACGCUACAGGUUUCUAUCCUCACAAAGCCACGAUGUUCUGGAGGAAAGAUGGAGAAGAGAUUCAUGAAGGCUUGGACAUAGGAGAGAUCCUCCCUAACAAUGAUGGGUCCUUCCAGAUGAGUGUUGAGCUGAAACCUUCAGUCACUCCUGAAGAAUGGGAGAGGUACGACUGCGUGUUUCAGCUCUAUGGUGUGAACGAAGACAUUGUCAUCAAACUGGACCAAGCUGUGAUCAGGACAAACUGGGCAGAGAAGCUCUCUGAUGGGACCACCAGGAAGCACCUUGUUGGUGUUCUAUGGUUUGUUCUAGUUUUCACCAUCAUUGCAGCUGUGAUAUUUGUGGCUUACAAAAGGAGGAAAGGUGAGAAAGCUCCUGACGAUGGCUCCGAGCAGUCUGAGAAACUAAAUCCACAAACCUAA